AUGACAACAAAAGUUCAAUGGAAACGUCUUGAUUCAACUAUCGGUCAAAAUCCUAAACCACGUCAUGGUCAUCGAGCUGUUGCUGUCAAAGAUUUAAUAGUUAUCUUUGGUGGAGGAAAUGAGGGUAUUGUUGAAGAUCUUAAUGUUUUUAAUUGUGCGACAAGUCAAUGGUUUCAACCAUUAGUUAAAGGUGAAAUACCAACAGGUUGUGCUGCAUUUGGUUUUGCUACUGAUGGUUUACGAAUUCUUGUAUUUGGUGGUAUGAUUGAAUAUGGAAAAUAUUCGGGAGAUCUUUGGGAACUUAAUCCAAUAACAUGGAUAUGGAAAAAAGUAAAACCAAGACCACCAAGAACAUCUCCAUUACCAUGUGCUCGACUGGGACAUACAUUUACAUAUAGUGAAGGGAAAUUUUAUCUCUUUGGCGGUCUAGCUAAUGAUAGUAAAGAUCCAAAACAAAAUGUACCUCGAUAUUUAAAUGAUCUCUAUGUACUUGAAUGUAAAGGAAAUAAUUAUUCAUGGGAGCAACCUAUUAUUCGUGGUACACAACCAGUUGAACGUGAAUCUCAUUCAUGUGUUUCAUAUCGUGGAUUAACUGAAAAUCGAACAAAAUUAAUUAUUUAUGGUGGAAUGAAUGGUCAUAGAUUAGGUGAUCUAUGGAAUUUCUAUCUUGAUUUUUCACAAUGGACACAAAUAACUGCAUCUGGUUUAGCACCACAACCUCGUAGUCUUCAUUCAUCUGUUAUAAUUGGUCAUCGUAUGUUUAUAUUUGGUGGUUGGGUACCAUUAAUAUCUUCGGAUAAAAAUGAACUUAGUCAUGAAAAAGAAUGGAAAUGUACAAAUACAUUAGCUUCUUUUAAUUUAGAAACUAAUACAUGGGAACUUCUUGGACAAGAAUGUCUUGAUGAUAAUGUUCCACGAGCACGUGCUGGUCAUUGUGCUGUUACUGUGAAUACAAGAAUGUAUAUUUGGAGUGGAAGAGAUGGUUAUCGAAAAGCUUGGAAUAAUCAGGUGUGUUGUAAAGAUUUAUGGUGUUUAGAAACAGCAUGUCCAGGUGAACCAGAAAAAGUGCAAUUAUUAAAAGCAGGUAUUGGAAAUUUGGAAAUAUCAUGGAAUCCCGUUCCAACUGCUGAUUCUUACAUCUUACAAAUUCAACGUUUCGAAGCACCCAUUGAACAAUUACCUGCAACACCACCUAUUAUAUCCCAAGCAUCAAUAAAUCCUUCAUCUAUACCAUUACAAUCUAUAUCUGCAUCAUUAUUUGCUUCUAAAAGUCCACAAUCAGUUCUUGCAUCAUUAAUUCCAACAUUUUCGAAUGAACAACAACCACCAAGUGCAUCUGUUUCUGCAAUAUCCGAUACUGAUGCUGUUACCGAUCAAUGUUUGUCACCAUCAACUUUAUUAAAUAAAUCUACAUCAGAUUUAUUAUCAUUAGCUCAUCUAUCAUCAUCACAAACACCACUUUCUUCAUCACUUAGUACAGUUAAUGCACAAACAUUACCAACUGCAUCACAAUCUCCAGACAAUAUAAAAAAUUCAUCAUUAAUUUUUCAAAAGCCAACAACAACAACAAUCACUUCUCAUUCUCCAACAACUAUUCGACCAACAAUGUCAUCGAAUAUUCAAUUUUUGAAUACAACAUCAAAUCCAAAUGUUCGUCCAAUAAUUUUUCAUCAAAAAGGAACAACAUCAUCAACACAACCACAACUUCUUACUGUUAUGCCAGCUGGUGUUCGUGUUCAACAUUUAUCUCCUGUUGUACGUACUUCAUCAACACAACCAACAACAAUUGUUCGAUUUAUGUCACCAGUAACAUCAACUCUUCGACCAGGUACAGGUCAACAACAAUUUAUACAAUUGAAUACAAAUAAACAACAACAACCAUUAGUUAUUAAAGCUAUUACUGCAUCAUCAGCAAAUCGUCAACAACAACCGAUUUUAAUAACUACAAAUACACAACAAAAAAAUAUGAUACCUCAAAAUCAACAACAAGUUUUAGUUUUCAAUCAAAAUACAUUUAAUAAUAAUAAUAAUAAUCAAGGACAACAACAACAACCAAAAUUUACAAUACAUACAACAAAUAUCGAUCAAACUAAUUCAACGAAUAAUAAUAAUAAUAAUGAACAACAUGAAUCAACUGUAGAUAAUACAAUUCCACAACUUGAUGGUUGUUAUUCUAUGGAAACAUCAGAGUAUAGUUUAGAAAAAUCUGAACAAAAUGUAUUCAUUCCACAACUUGAUGGUACUGUUGAUGAUCAGCCUGUACAAAAUGGAACAUCUGAGUUACAAAAUUCUUCCAGUACAACACAACCAACUGUAACAAAAACUGAUUCUCAACAAUCAUCAAAUACUCAUGAAACGACUGCAAAUGAUCAUAAUACUGAUGGUUGGAAUUUAGUUGGAACAUUUAAAACAACAACAACGGAUGUAAAACAUUAUUAUGUUGUUCCAUCAAAAAUUGAUCUUGAUCAUCAUGAUCUUGCUACACUUCAAGUUCAAAAUUUAGUUAAAAAAGUAGAUCUUGAACCAGGUGUUAUUUAUAAACUACGAAUAGCAGCAGUUAAUUCAUGCGGUCGAGGACCUUGGAGUGAAGCAGCUGCAUUUAAAACAUGUUUACCUGGUGCACCACCAGCACCAUCCAAUAUUAAAAUUACUAAAACACCUGAUGGCGGUGCUCAUUUAACUUGGGAUCCACCAUCAAGUGCUUCGUCUUUAAUUACUGGUUAUGCUGUUUAUUUGGCAGUUAAAAAUACGGCAACAGAUAAUGCAACAGCUCGUCAACAACCACAACAACAAGCAUCUCAAAUGGCUUUUGUACGUGUUUACGGUGGUGCAUUAGCUGAAUGUGCAGUAAAUGCUAGUCAACUUCUUCAAGCACAUCUUGAUAUAAGUUCAAGUAGUAAACCAGCUAUUAUAUUCCGUAUAGCAGCACGUAAUGAACGUGGAUAUGGACCAGCUACACAAGUUCGAUGGUUACAAGAUCAACAACAAACACCAUUACAUAAUUCAAAUACAACUAAUCCUUCGAAACGAACAGCUUCAAAUGUAAAUUCCACAACAAAAAAACAGCGAUUAGCACCAACUGGUGGAGGAGGACUAAAUGAUACUUAA